GGUACGUACUACUGGCCUUCGAACUGAAUCAUCACAGCUUAUCGAAAGCGGAUCGAUAGCCACCAAAAACUCGACAGGCCACCGGUAGUCUCCCGGUCGGGACGUUGAAGAGAAAAGCCGACGACGUGGACGAGGAGGACGACCCGGAUUUCCGAGCUCUCUCUAGCAAGCAAAGAAGGAAUAUCGACGAUGCUUAUGACAAGGCAGCGGGUGGCAGCAAGAAGCGGAAGAUGGCAGGUGGAGAUGCUGGAGGUGGAUUCGUCACCGAUGAUACCGAGGCGGGAGGGUUCCUGCCAGACGACAGCGAAAUGGGAGGAGGCGGAUUCGUAGACGACAUGAUGAUGGGAGGAGGCUUCAUGACGGAAAACGCCGAGGAGCCUAUCGCCCAGCCAACUUCGCACCUAUAUGACGUUGACGGGAUCACCCUGUCCGCCUUGCCAGACGUGAUGAACUCGCUAGGAUUGGUCUGGGAUGAAGACGUCCAGGCGGCUUUCGAGGGCGUGUGCGCUCAGACGACUACAAAUGGAGAGGUCUAUGCGACUAGACGAGACUUUCGGGCGGUCUGUGCUGCCCUGAUGGAGCCGGAGCAGGAAGACGGAGAUGCGAGGAUGAGCGAGGAUGAUGACGAGGACGAGGAUGCGUAUGCGGAGGGCAAUGCCGAAGACGCAGAGAUGGCGGACAGCGAUGCGUCCUCGCCGCUCUCUGAAGCAGACGGCGAGUUUGGUACCCCGAACGCUAAAGGCAAAGGCAGAGCAAAGGCAGGCGGCAAAGGCAAGAAGACGAAGAGCAGCAAUCAGGAUCUACGGAUGGAUCCGGCCGCUGCGCAGGUGAAGCUCUCGAGAGAGCAAAAAGAAUGGAUCACCCAGAUGUGGAACACCAUGUUCGAGAACAUACAACCUUCCAUCAUUGCUCAACACGGACCGCGGGUACUCGGAAAGGAGCAGGUUCGACGUUGGGCUGAGAUGCUGGACCAAAACUGGAGUGACGCGGAGGUGGGCAAGACGAUGAAGCUCGUAAUGUUACCGAGAGCGGUGGCUGACUAUCGGCCUCCGCUUUGACUCCAGCUCACCGAGAUGAUCGAGGUCUUUUCGACUGUACCGGGCAAGCGGGGAUUGUCCUAUGACGACUUUACCACUGUGCUUUUGCGAGCAGGUUUGGUGCAGUUUUGAACGCACACGCUAUAUAUGUGCUGCAAAUCCCGUUCCCCCUUCGGGCUCGGGCAGACCAAACCGAGAUCGCUGUCAUCAUCACCGUCAGCACAGGAAUGCUGUCCGCUCGUCAACUCCCAGAAGGAGCGGAUCUGACCAGUCUCCUGUCGAUCUUCAGCUUCGUCGGCCUGAAUCCCCUGGGAAGGGGUCGACAACGCUAAUGAAAUUCUCUGGAUCAACUUUGCAACCCGAUUCUCGUCCAACAGGAUUCUUUUCAUGUAUAGAUUUGAAGUCGAUCCACUUGAUUACCGGGCAGACCUUUGAGAGUAGCCGCUUGUACCUUUCUCAUAACCCUGUA